AUGGACAUGAUGACUACGACACUCGAAGCCAUGUUCUCGCAAGAGAAGGCAUAUCACUGUCAAGAUUACAUUCUACAAGACAACCACAAUGAUCCCCAGUGGUUGGUGUGGAGAACAGGACUGCUUUCCCACGACGAUCUGGCCAUGAAUCGUGCAUUUCGAACUACCAUGGUUGGUUGGUCACAGCAGGUGAUUGAUUUCAUAGGGAUGCGACGAGAGACUGUGGAAUACGCAUUAUCAUUCUUUGAUCGCUACCUUCAAUGUCCCGAGGCAUCUACCGCUCUCAGAGAUCGAGUCACUUUCCAGCUGGCAUUUGUCACUUGCACCUACAUGGCUAUCAAGUUGCACGAGCCCACUGCCAUGUCACCCAAGAUUUUUGCCAAGCUCAGUCAAGGAAACUAUUGCUUCCAGCAAAUAGAGCGAAUGGAAUUCAACAUUCUGAAGGCCCUUGGAUGGCGUGUGAAUCCUCCCACAGGCACGGCAUUUGUCCGACAGAUACUGUCAUUGUUUCCAGACAAGCUGCUACCACCCACCAUGAAAAACACAGUCUGUGACUUGGCCAAGGUUCAAAUAGAUCUAGUCUUGGGAGACUAUCGGUUUGUGCCCAUCAAGAGAUCUACCCUCGCAAUGGCAUGCCUAUUCAAUGCCUUUGAGAGCCUCCAAUACGAUGAACACUUUUUGGAAAUGACCCUUGCCCAGCAACAAUCGCUUCAAGCCAGCGUGCUGUACAAGGAAAGCAUGGAUCAGGUUCCUUUUGUUCGUCAUUCUCUCUAUCAAGUCAUGGCGGCGUUGCCACAAAAUGCUGGUUUUGUCCACGGUGGUAUCAGGUCUCCAGGCUUGUAUGAAAUGGCCAGCAAACGCGCCUCCUGCGAACAGCAUUCUCCCCGUUCUGUCUACAAUAGUAACUUUAUCCGAUAA